AUGCAAAUGUCCGGUGCCGCUACAGGCUGCGAGAACCAGAGAAGGAACGGUGAAUGCCCAACUAACGGUCAAAACUCACUGCUCUACAACCGCGACACCAAUACACCAUCGACAUGCACUAUUUUGAAUUCUGACUCGUGGGAAUUUAUUGGCUGUGACGACUUCCCGGAAGUGUACAAUUGCAUUGAUGGAUUGUGUUGCCCUACAAAAGCUCUUACCUGCAUCCAACCGCUGAAUUAUGGAAACCAAGGCUCUUCUAGUUCUCCCACUAGCCGUUGGUACUACGACUCCAUUACAUCAUCGUGUCAGACGUUCCCGUUCAGCGGUGCUGGAGGCAACUCUAACAAUUUUCCAACUAAAGGGCUCUGCGAAUCCUACUGUCUCACAGAGUAUAUUUGCUCACUGCCAAUGCAGUCCGGUCGGAAAUGUGGACAAAAUGUCGCCUUGCGCUGGUAUUUCGACGAAGCCACCAACUUAUGUCGCUCAUUUCACUUUGAAGGAUGCGAUGGAAACAUAAAUAAUUUCCCAACAAAAGAAAGUUGUGAGGAAUUAUGCCCAAAACUAGGAACUUUCUGUCCAUUUGGCGGGGACUAUCAUCGCAGCGCUGAUGGUUACCCUCUAGCUUGUGGAAAAAGUGAGCAGUGCCCUUCCAGAUAUGAGUGCGUGGCUUUAACGCACGCAGAAGGUUCAACAAAUUUCUGCUGUCCAUCACGGUUGUCGAUCUGUUCACAAAGCAAGGAUGAAGGCAGCGCUUGUGGACAACCUUCGCGGAGGUACUAUUUUGAUGCAAAUACUCAGCACUGCAAGCCGAUGAUGUUUCUGGGAUGUGGAGGGAAUUCCAACAGAUUUUCCACAGCGGACGCUUGUCGAAACUUCUGCGCAAGCUCAGGAGUUUGUCCUGAUGGUCUUCAGCAGCUGAGCGAUCCGCGUACGCUGCUUCCGUCUCCCUGUCGAGGUAAUCGCCACGACGCUUGCCCUCACUCGUUUCACUGUCUGCUACAUCCCUUAAAGAAGAGGCAUUUCUGCUGUGGCCCCAAGAAACAAAAUGAUCUAUGCCCAAUCGGAUCACGACUAAUUCGUCUUGGGAGUGGCGACCCGAUGGGAUGCAACGCUCACGCUCGAUGUCCUAUAGGAGCCGACUGUCACGGGUCCAGCUCUGCUCAUUCUGGGAUAUGCUGCAAAAAUCUUCUAAACGGUGCUGAGAAUUCUGUCAUAUUUCCUGUUUUCUGA